UAUUAUUAUAAUUCACGUGUACGUAUAAAAAUAGUUAUUUUAUGAAAAUAUCGUACGAUAGUCCGCUUUUAUUAAGCGAAGUUGGCAAUGCGACGCAUACAUCCGAAAUUGGCAGCACUUUUAUUUCAUAUUUUGUUUUCCACUCUUUCUUCGAUUAGAGUUGUCAGAUUAUUUCAUCAGUCCGAAAAAUUGUCUCUCCUGGAAAAGUUCACAUCUGUUUUUAGUGUUGUGUGAUAACAAUUUAUAUUCUGUUAUUUUCCAUAAAAUUAUCUAUUGAUUGGAAAUUAAAUAUAUGAAUUAAUUGUAUAUGUAACAUUUAAUGUUUGUAAAAAUAAACAACGAACAAGUUAAAUUUGUAUUUUGUGGUACAACGUAAUCGUAAGGUGGACAUUGACACGGGUACGUACGAAAACUCGCAACGAGUAGAUAAAUAGCGAAAGCGUGUGCGAUUUUCGUAAAUAAUAGAGAAGAAAACGAUUUUGAUUUCUUACGAUUUUCCGGAUGCCAAACUUGUGGGCGUAUGAAGUAAUUGCUCUUAAAGCGCAAGGAAUUGCUGCAUCACAAUAGUAUAGACUGUAUUACGUUAAAUGCAAUCGCUGUUCAAGAGUUAGAUUGGAAAUUACUAGUAGGAAAGAUAAAAUGAUGUGCUAGUGCAGAAAUUUAACAGCAAAUUUCCAAUUACGGGUUUGUGCCAAACGCCUAUUGCUAAUCUUAGUCAACAAACGAUUUUUCAUAGCAGGUGUGUACAAAAAUAGACAAAAUGAUUCGCUUGAAACAGUUUUAAGUUAAUACAAAAUAAACCAUUAAAAUAUAUAAAAAUAACGCAAUUUUACGUCACAACCACUGUUGCUGGGCUAAGACGACGUGUGUGCAUUUAUAUAUUAACACAAAGUGUAUGGUUUUUUGAAGUGCUUGCCAAAAUACAUAUCGAAAAUAAAUUAGAAAUAUUGUUGAAUUUUCCCGACAACCACCACUCUGAGUUUGCAUUCGAAAGCGUACACACGAAGCGCACGACGCAGCGAGCAGCAGUACAACUACGGCGAAAAUAAAUCCAAAGCGUAUAAUAAAUAAUAUUGGAAAAUUUCAACUAAUGAAGCUGAAGCUUGUGACAGCGGCCAACGACCAGUGAGCAACAACAAAUAGCAUUUUAUUGCAAUUCAACGAAAAAUCGUAACUGUGUAUGUGAGUGCGUGUGUGUGAAAUUUGAACUGUAUUUGCAAAGUAAUUUUCACGGUUUAUAGCAAAAAAAAAUACCAUUUUCUAAAAAUUUCACUUUUUAAGUUUUGACGCCUCAAAAGUUGAUACAGUUAGAAAAAAUCAGCUACAAAAUGUCGCGUUUAAGUAAAUCAAAUUCGUCUAAAAAAGUGUCGCUUUUAAAGACUAAAAAGUUUAUGUGAUAUUCGUAUGCGUUCGAAAGUCAUAUUAUAACAACAGCAACAAACAGCAAAAUAAGCAAUUAUUUAGCGAAAAGGUCGUGCAGUAGAAACACUGUGUAUACACUGCGGAAUUUGUAGCAAAACGCUAAAGUCGACGCAACACUGUGUGGUAAGUUUUAGAAAAAGACUAGAGGCUUUAAGAAAAUUUUGCGAAUUUUCUAAAAAAAAAAUUUGAAAAUUCCAAAAAUUCAAUUCUCGUAAAAAACAUUAAAAUUUUAUAAAAACAUUAACAUUUCAUAAAAACAUUAAAAUUUUAUAAAAACAAAACUUUCAAAAAAACAUUAAAAUUUUAUAAAAACAUUAAAAUUUAAUAAAAGCAUUAAAAUUUAAUAUGAAAAAUCAAUAAAAUUAUUUAAAAUUAAAAAGUGCGUUUUUCGACUCAAAACAGAAAAGCUUGAAAAUUUAUUGAAAAACAUUUUUUUUUAACAAAAAAAAUUGCAAAAAAGCCUGUUUGCAACUCUUUCAAGCAUAAAAAAUUGCAAAAUUGCAAAAAACUUGAAAGAUUACCUAAAAAAUAAGCUAACGCCCUCUAAAUUGCACCGUGCCCCCAACGACCCCAGACUUGCAGAUCCAUAUACAUUCCAUAACUUUAAAGAAAGUAUAUAAGAGCCGCACUAGUGUAGCGCAGAGUAAACACUGCCAGACAAGAGAAACCAGCAAACUCAGCUACAGAGACAGCGGUACGUGGGCAGAAGCAGAAGAGGCAGCAGCAGCAGCAGCAGCAUUAGUGGUGCUAGCAGCAGCAGAAGCAGUUCAAGUGCAAAUAUCAAGCGACGCGUUCCAUAACCAAAUAGACGCCUUAAAGUUGAAAGACACCAAUUUUCGUCACUGCCUAAUGGCAAGUUCGCUUAAUAAAACGAGACACAGGCGCAGAUUGACUGCGAUCUCGUUUCUAUCGAAUAUUUCAUUAGAUGGCACACAUCGGGAUACUAAAUUUGGAACAACAAUUGGCAUUUGUGGCAACGCGGCUACAACGUACAACGCAACGGCAGCGGGAUUACAAAGUGGCGCAACGACUGGCGGCGGUAUCGGAUACGGCGGCGGCGGCGGCAAGCAACAGCAACAUCAGCACCAACACUUCAAUUACAACCGCAAUAAUCGACAUCCACGGCAACAGCAGCAGCAGCAGCAACAACAUCAGCAUCACCAUCAACAUCAUUACUAUACGCAACAUCAUACGAAUGGCGCAGGCUGCAAUGUGGGUAACGGCAACGCCGGCGGCGCUGGCAUGCAUGCCACUUCGGCCGCCAUGUAUCUCGCCAAUUGCGAUGAUGCGCACAUGGAUCACAUGGGUGGCGGCAGCGGUAGUUGUUGUGGUGCUGGUGAAGGCGGCGGCACUGGCAGCGAUGGCUGUGCCGAUAGUACCGGCAGCGCCGAUGGUGAUGGGCAUUUUAGUGAAAUUGAAAAUAUGGGUCAACACUUGAUAAAUGCACGGCCAGGCAACGCUUACAAGGGCGAUAGUGGCAUUAAAGCAGCAACAGCAACUGUCGCAGCCAGAUCGACAGUCAAGCAUAUGGAUAAAUCCGCUGGUGACUACGACAUCAUCAGCGGCAGCGAUGGUGGCAGCGGUGGCGUUGGUGUUGCAACUGUGACUGAGAAGCGCAAUGUUAAGCGACCUACAUCGAGUAGUCGGCAACAGUGCAAUCAUAAUUGCAGGCAAACUUCUAAGCAUGGCACAAUGGGCAUUGCCAGCAAGCAACAGUUGGCUGGCGGCAGUGGCGGUUCGGGCGCCGAGAGCGGCAGCGAUUCGGAUAGCGUCAAAAUACCAAUGAAACUUUCCAGUUUGGGUGCUGGCAUACUAAUGCCAUUGCGUGAAAGAACUUUCAGCAAUGGCGCCAACGAUGCCAAUAUCAUGCCGGAGCGUCGCGCACGCCUCAAUACCGCACCGGGUAUGCGUAUCGGCGGCAGUGCUAGUGGCAAGCGAUCGUGCAACAUUAUACACGGUUCCACGCACAUAACCGACGAUAGCAGUACGGAGAGUUUGACGCCCGGCAGUUUUCCGGGCAGUUUUACUGGACGCGGCAGCAUCAGCAAGAGUGUGCAGAUCAACGACGCUAAGGACUUACGCAUCCUCAAUGCACAAGCGCACAAACAGCAUCAGUACAAGGAUGAGCGUGUGGUGUUGACGUCACGUAAAGUGCCAUUCUUUAUAUUCUCGGCAUUGCCCUACUAUAAGGGUAAAAAUGGCCGAGCCGAGUUACGCAAGGAGGGUCGUCGACGCAACCCAUCCGGUUCGCGUCCCCUAUCCGCCAUCAAUGAUGCACCCUUCGAUCCAUUCGAUCUGCUGGGCAUCGAAAAGGGUGAAAGUGGGCAGGAAAUCUCCUAUGGACAUUUACUCAUACCCCAACGCCAUUAUGGCAAAGAGAGUAAGAGCAAGCAUGGCGGUGGCACUUCGGGCAAUACAUCGCUAUUGGAUAGUCAAAUCGAAAUUACGAGUACAGCAGCACUUAAAAAUCACGGCAUCGCCAGGACAAAAGUUAUAACUUGGCAAAAGGGAAAAUGGUGCUUCACUUAUGACAACAAUAAUCGCAAUAGUACCGCAAGUCCGACACCGGAACUAAAAUUGGAUUUAGAUGAUAAUUUAUUGUGGAAUGCAGAGGGUACACGCGGCAUGCAGUUUCAAUAUUCCGCAAGUAUUUUGGAUGAUCCCGAAUUGAUUGCGGGCAAGCACCGCACUUUGCUCACAUUCACCUCAUACAUGACAUCGGUGAUCGAUUAUGUGCGUCCAUCGGACUUGAAGAAGGAAUUGAAUGAUAAAUUCCGUGAGAAAUUUCCACACAUACAAUUGACGCUGAGCAAAUUACGCAGCAUCAAGCGUGAAAUGCGUCGCAUCAACAAGUUGGACAGUCGCAUUGAUUUGGUCACUAUAUCGCAAGCGUAUGUCUACUUUGAGAAAUUGAUCUUGGCCAACCUAAUCAACAAGAGUAAUCGCAAGCUAUGUGCAGGCUCUUGUCUGCUACUCAGCGCCAAAAUGAACGAUGUCAAAGGUGAAUCGCUGAAGAGCUUAAUUGAGAAAACCGAGAGUGUUUUUCGUGUGAAUCGUAAGGAACUCAUCGCUUCAGAAUUCGCCGUGCUUGUGGCAUUAGAAUUCAGCUUGCAUGUACCCAUGCAUGAGGUAUUGCCGCACUAUCAGCGUUUGCUCUACGAAUCCUAGAAUUGGCCAAAACGCUUUGCUGAAAAGCGCUUGGUAGCGGUGACAUCGCGUUAUUACUUUCGGCAUCGCAAUAGCAGUAAGAAAUGAAUGCGGCAGGAAAUGUAUGUGGCAAAGGAAAAUGGAAAUUUAUGGGCGAAAUAAUGUUUUAGUGCAAGCGAUUUGCUGCAUGCUCUGAACUUUAUUAAAAUAAACGAAUUGAUAUUCAAUUUGUUUGUGUGCAAAUUUCGCAUAUAAAAAGAUGAAAAAAAUAUAACAAGAUUAACUUUGUAGAAAAAACUUUUGGAGUGACAAAAUAUUAACACACAAUGAUUUUAAACAAAACGAAAAUUUGUACUUAAGCGCUAAGAGAGCAAACAAAAAACAUUUUUUAUAGCAAAUAAGUUAGUAAAAUAAGCAUUUUGAUUAAAAUUUGUAACACUUUAUAAGAGCGAAAGUAAAAAUUAACGUUUGCUACAGAGAAAAGAAAGCUUUAUACAAUUAUUUUGAUUAAUUAUACAUUUUUGACUUUA